CCUUCUUGCUCUCCGCUACUUCACAAGAGCUGGCAAAGUGGGCACCAGACCUGACCAAGAGCCAUGGCAAAGAAUGGACUUGUAAUUUACAUCCUGGUUAUCACCUUACUCCUGGACCAGACCACCAGCCACACGUCCAAAUUUAAAGCCAAGAAGCACAGUAAACGCCGAGUGAAAGAAAAGGAUGGAGACCUGAAGACUCAAGUUGAAAAGCUCUGGAGAGAAGUCAAUGCCCUGAAGGAAAUGCAAGCCCUACAGACAGUCUGUCUCCGAGGCACAAAAGUUCACAGGAAAUGCUACCUUGCUUCAGAAGGCUUGAAGCACUUCCAUGAAGCCAAUGAAGACUGCAUCUCCAAGGGAGGAACCUUGGUUAUCCCCAGAAACUCCGACGAAAUCAAUGCCCUCCGAGACUACGGUAAAAGAAGCCUGCCAGGUGUCAACGACUUUUGGUUAGGCAUCAAUGACAUGGUCACAGAGGGAAAGUUUGUUGAUGUCCAUGGAGUCACCAUCUCCUUCCUCAACUGGGACCGUGCACAGCCCAAUGGUGGUAAGCGAGAAAACUGUGCCCUGUUCUCCCAGUCAGCUCAGGGCAAAUGGAGUGAUGAGGUCUGUCGUAGUAGCAAGAGGUACAUAUGCGAAUUUAUUAUCCCUUAAUAGGGCCUUCUCAAAACUGCAAGAUCAGUCACGAUUUAUAGGCUGAUGGUUUGCAAGAGUAAGUCAGAAUUGUCACACGGGCAUCUGUGUCCAUGGGAAUACAGGAGUCAGCCAGUUUUGUUACCACAUCUCCUUGUGAUUUUGCCCUCCAUGGGGUUUACGAGAUCAGAAAAUAAUGAUCCAGCUAUGUGCACACUGUUAAUAUGGCUUCUGCAAAAUGAGCUAUCAAACCCUUCCCACUUUCCCUUGUAUAGAAAGGAGGUCUAUGUUAAAAACACAACAGUUACCUGGACGAUUUUCUCUUGACAGUUUAGUAUACAUUUGAUUGAUGAGAAUUUUCUCAAUCAGAGAGUCUGGGUGUGAUAAAAUCCAGAAAUCUCUCAGUCUGAUGCCGCGUCUGUUCCAUCCCAGUCCCGGCACCUUGCUAGCCCAUAAACUUUUCUGAGUUGCUGCAUCCCCUGGUGGGAGCUGCAUCUUGUUGCCACAUCAGAACAUAGAUGUCUCAGAAGUGUUCUGAUUUCACUUUGUUUUCUUCAUAACCCUC